UGUAUUUGCUCUGAGUUCACACAUCACUUGAAGAAAACCUCCCAGCCAACAACUUGGAAAGCCCUUUGCGAGCUCCUCCGCUGCCCUCAGUUAUCUUUCUGACCAUGCGGACUCUCACUGUCCUCGUGCUCCUCAGUACAGCUGUUGUCCUCGGUGAAACAUCUGAAACAAACGCAGCUUUGAAGAAGAUGGCGAGCCAGUCAUCUCUAUACGACUCUUUAGGUGAUGCUAAUAACGCCAUCGAUGGAAACAAAAAGGCCGAAUAUGAAAGUGGAUCCUGUUCCCACACUCAACCGGAUUCCAAACCCUGGUGGAGAGUGGAUCUGCUGCACGUGCACCACGUGUACUUAGUGACCAUCACUAACAGACGAGACUGCUGUGAGGAGAGGAUCAAUGGAGCUGAGAUUCGCAUUGGAAACUCCCUGGUGGACAACGGCAAUGAGAACCCAAGGUGUGCUGUCAUCUCCUCCAUCCCAGCUGGGGAAUCCAAGACUUUCCAGUGCCGUGGCAUGAAGGGUCGCUACAUCAACGUGGUCCUACCAAGACAUGAAUACCUGACCCUGUGUGAAGUGGAAGUCAAUGCCCGUCGUGUCACAGAAGAAAACGUGGCUUUGAACGGAAAGGCGACUCAGUCGUCUCAGUUCGACUCCAUAGGUUCUGCUGACAAGGCCAUCGACGGGAACAAAGACUCAGUGUAUGAAGAUGGUUCCUGCAGCCGCACCGAGAUGCAGCCUAAACCCUGGUGGAGAGUGGACCUCCUGGAGAGGUACAAAGUGACCACAGUGACCGUCACUAACAGAGGAGACUGCUGUGCCGAGAGGAUCAAUGGAGCUGAGAUUCGUAUUGGAGACUCCCUGGUGGACAACGGCAAUCAGAACCCAAGAUGUGCCAUAAUCUCCUCUAUCCCAGCUGGGGGAUCCAGCACCUUCCACUGCUCUGGAAUGAAGGGACGCUACGUCAACGUGGUCCUGCUAAGGUCCGAGUACCUGACUCUGUGUGAGGUUGAAGUGAACGCAGUUCCCGCCCUUGACGAAGAUGUGGCUUUGAAUGGAAAGGCAACUCAGUCGUCACAGUAUGACUCACUGGGUUCUGCUGACAACGCCAUUGAUGGGAACACCAACGUUGUGUAUGGAAAUGCUUCCUGCAGCCACACUCAGUUUGAUUUAAAGCCCUGGUGGAGAGUGGACCUGCUCAACGAGUACAAAGUGACCACAGUGACCAUCACUAACAGAGGAGAUUGCUGCGCAUGGAGGAUCAAUGGGGCUGAGAUUCGCAUUGGAAACUCCUUGGAGGACAACGGCAAUGAGAACCCAAGAUGUGCUGUAAUCACCUCCAUCUCACCGGGGGGAACCAGCACCUUCGAGUGCCAUGGGAUGACGGGGCGCUACGUCAGUGUGGUCCUACCAAGACCUGACUUCCUGAGUCUGUGCGAAGUAGAGGUCAACGCAAGCCCUGAUAUUUCCGGGGUUCCAGUUCUGAUCGGUGAUCUUCCAGCUAAUGACAAAAGUCAAAGCAACAGUACUCUUUCUGUGUAGCUGAGUGACUUUGACAUUCAUGUCCACAGACAAUAUUUGCUCAGAUUUCACAGCACUAUAGCAUAACUCCAGACAAAUGACUGAAAAUUGUGUACAAGCAACAUAACCACUAAUAGGCUAGAUUAUAUAUGACAUCUUGCGAUGCACCUAGACACAUCACCACCGAUGUAACCCUGGGGUCACUGGGUAUUUCACGUCUUUUAACAUCAGGCAUUCUCGCUCAGGUGACCCAACCAGGGGUGAUCAGAGCCCAGCCUGCGUCCAGGUAGCGCUUCCCUCAAUCCCACAACUCACAUCUCCUAAUCCAUAGCCAUCUAGACACCCUCGCUGCAGAUUCACUAACACCUUUAAUAGCCUUUCCCACCUGAUCACCAUUAGGAAAAAUAUUUG